CGUAACUACAUUUUAUACCUAUACACAUACAUACACGGACGCAUAUUAUAUAUCAGUCUUGUACUACUCGGCGUCCGACCGUACGCGGACUCGAUCUACUUGCGGACACGGGGUAGAGAUGCUCUCUACUCCUGACUUUUUUACGGCGCGCCAGAAACCGCGUGCCAUUGUUUCUCUACCCCCUUGAUUUUAUCCUUGUUGUUUGUAUUUGUUAACCCCUCCCUGUUCCUCGUAUUGCUCGUUGAUAUACAUUAUUAUACCGAUGGUGAGGAGCAAAAGUGCAGCCAAGAUGCACCAUCGGCCAAAGAGGAAGCCCUGCCCGUCGUUGAUUUUCCGCGAGUGCGGCCCGACUGCAGGUGCAACGAGCCUCCGUCGUCGUCCAGCCGCUUUUGCCACUACCGUUGCCGCGGCUAUCAACGCCCACUCGAGACUUAGAGCCGCAGUAGAGUCGCCUUUGAUUACCCGCAGUUGCCGAGCCGCUGAGGACGAUGUGACUGGGCGGAGGCAGUGAAGGCGGAGGACUGGCCCCGGAAGAUGCGAGCUCGGCGCGCGCUGCUCGCGCUCCUCGCUCUGCUGGGCCUGAUGGGCCACAUCACUUGCGCCACGGAGGCCGAAAACUCGGAUGGCAACAACAACAACAACAACAACAACAACACCAAAGAGGCGCGCUCGGCCAAGAUCGGCAGUAGCAGCAGCGGGGGCAGCAGUAACAGCCGCCAACGGGGCAGCUCGUGGCGCCUCGUGGUCGUAUUGGCGCAGAGCCAGCCGAGCCGCUUGGAGGCCCAACGCGCGUGGGAACUCGCGGUCCCGGAACUGGCUCACACCGACGUCGAGCUGGCCUACGUCGAGGCACGGGCUCUGCCAACCAACCCGACCCAACCCGGCGAGACUCGCCCCAAAGCCCACCCCACCGCCCUCCUCGAUCGCUUCUGCGCCGACAUCAAGCAAGGCAAGACCAUACUCACCAUCGUCCUCGGCGGAGGCUCCGCCGCCAGGUUCCUCAUGACCGCGGCCGCCUCCCUGCAACUGCCCACCAUGUGGAUACCCCUGUCCCACAGGGACUUUAUACGGCUGGGUCGUCCGAGCGAGUACGAGAGCCGCGUGGGCACGAGUUCCGAGGAAAUGGGCGCAGCGGCCUCGGCCCUGAUGCACAAGGCCCACUGGCACGCGUUCACCCUGCUGGUGGACCCAAGCCUCCUGCCGGUCCGCGACCUCGUGCCCGACGUCCAGGAGAAGAUGCGCCCGGGGGGCGAGACCCGGGAAACCGGUAGCGGCAACCACCUCGUGCCCCGCUCCAUCAUCUACCUGCCCACGGACGAGCGGAGCCUCAACGCCCGGCUGAGGCGCGUCGCCGAGGAAAACGGCCGGGGCAGCGUCAUCGUCCUCGGCUGCGACCUCGCCAACGCCCGCAAGGUCAUCGGCCUCGCCAACAAGCUCGACAUGCUCGCCGGCAGGUUCCUCUGGCUGUGGCUCGACCUCAAAGCCGAGCUCAGGUCGAACGAGCCGAACAUCAUCGGCACGCACGUGCUGCAGAACGCCCGGGUAUCGGUGACGAGCGACCACAUACCGGGCGCCCUCGACAGCCAGGAGUUCGGGCCGAACCUCGCCCCGGACGCCGACGACCUGAGCUUCCACACGCUGUCGAACCUCGCGAGUGAGAUGCACAGGCUCCAGGAACAACAGCCCCAGCACCACUGGCACGCCGACCUCAAGGAUCGGAAGCCGAAAAAGCGGGAGAUGCCACCACCUGCCAGCGUAGAGGAGGACGACGAGGGCUACGACAGAGGCGUCAACUCCAAGAGCUUCAUGCCCCUGGGUAUGCUGGCGCUGCGCCCGGCCAACCCGCGACUCACCGGCAAGGACGGGCUGUUGGAGCGGGGGUUGCGCGAGGCGGCCCAGGCGGUGGACCGGGCGAUGGUGGAGACGCGGCCGCGGCACGCGAGGCUAGCCGAGCCCCAGCUCAGGGAGCUGUUCGUGCCGGAGUGCCUCGCGGCGCGGCGCACGGGUUUCUUGGGGAACGAGGUGCGCCCCAACGUCUCGGCAGCCAUCACGAGGCGGCUCCGCGAGAACGCGAGGCGCGUGUCCCGCGACGCCGCCGAGUUUCACCUGCUCAACCUACAGGCUGUGCUCUACCCUGGCAACAAGACCCAACUCAGGUGGACGAAAGUUGGGUUGGUGAGGGGCGGCAGGGAGGUGAGAUUGGACACGAUAGUGUGGCCCGGGGGAGGCAUAGUACCGGCGUACGUCGAGGAGGGCAGGGAAAAAAUCGGCAUGCCCUCGUACAAGAUAGUGACGGCGCUCGCGCCCCCCUUCGCCAUGGUGACGAAUCUCCAGGAGGGCGCCUGCCUCCGCGGGCUCAUCUGCAAACACGGGGGUGCCGUCAAGUGCUGCUACGGCUACUCCAUGGACCUGCUCUACCAUGUGUCCCAGGAUCUCGAGUUCCGGUUCGACCUGCACGUGGCGAAGGACGGGCUGUUUGGUCGUCGGCGUGGGCGCAACGGCACGUGGAACGGCGUCAUAGGCGAGCUGCUGACGGGCAAGGCCCAACUGGCCUUUGCCCCGCUGAGCGUCUACUCGCACCGGUCGCAGGUGGUCGACUUCACGACGCCCUACUACUUCAGCAGCGUGAGCUUCCUCAUAGCGCCCAAGGAGCGCCACGAGAUAUCCCUCCUCGCGUUCCUCCAGCCCUUCAGUCCCGAGCUCUGGAUCGCCGUGUUCACCUCGCUCAACAUCACCGCGAUGUUCGUCGCCGCCUACGAGUGGUUCUCCCCCUUUGGGCUCAACCCGUGGGGCAGGCAGCGCAGCAAGAACUUUAGCAUAGCCUCGGCCCUGUGGGUCACCUGGGGCCUGCUCUGCGGCCACCUCGUCGCCUUCAAGGCCCCCAAAUCUUGGCCCAACAAGUUCCUCAUCAACGUCUGGGGUGGCUUCUCCGUCAUCUUUGUCGCCUCGUACACCGCCAACAUAGCCGCCCUCAUUGCCGGACUCUUCUUCCACUCGACCGUCAACAACUACUACGACAGGAGCCUGCUGCUGCAAAAGGUGUCGGCGCCAAAGGCCUCGGCGGCCGAGUACUACGUGCAACAGGCGAACCCGCGACUCUGGUCGUACAUGUCGCGGUACUCGGUCGCCGACGUCGAGGACGGGGUCGAGCGAUUGUUGAACGGCAGCGUCGACAUAUUGAUUGCCGACACGCCCAUCAUCGACUACUACCGGCUCACCGACAACGGCUGCCGGCUCGAGAAAAUCGGCGACUCCAUCAAGGAGGACACGUACGCGGUCGGCCUCUCCAAGGGCCACCCCAUGAGGGAGAGCAUAUCCAAGGUCAUCGCCAACUACACGAGCACCGGCCUCCUCGACAUUCUACAAGAGAAAUGGUACGGGGGUCUGCCGUGUAUGCGGGGCGUAGCCUCGGGCAUCGGGUUCGACGGUCAGCCGCGGCAGGAAGGUCAGCCCCGACCGCUGGGCGUGGCCUCAGUGGCCGGGGUCUUUUGCCUUCUUGGCCUCGGCAUGACCCUGGGCAUCAUCAUCCUCAUCGGCGAGCACAUAUUUUACAAGUACAGCCUGCCCAAGUUGCGCCAGUGCCCGCAGAACUCCAUGUGGCGCAGCCGGAACGUCAUGUUUUUCUCCCAGAAGCUCUACAGGUUCAUCAAUUGCGUGGAACUCGUGUCGCCGCACCACGCGGCCCGCGAACUCGUACACACCGUCAGGCAGGGACAGAUCACCUCGCUCUUCCAGAAGAGCGUCAAGAGGAAGGAACACGAACAGCGUCGCAGACGUAAAAGCAAAGCGCAGUUCUUUGAGAUGAUCCAGGAAAUACGAAGAGUGCAGCAGGAAGAGAAGGCCGAGGCGGCGGCUCGCGGUGCCAUUCGGAAGGAGCUGGCGGCAGCCGAGAGGUCUCAUGGCGCUCGUAGCCGGAGUAAAAGUCCGAUGGGCGGGGGCCAAGGAGAGAGGAGCCGGAGCUCGAGCAACUUGAUGCCGGUGAGCCUCGAGCCGGGCAACAGCGGCAUGGGGGCCAAGCCGCGCGACUUCACCCUCAGCAGCUCGAACCUGAGGGCCCGGAGUCCCCUGGAGUUGGUGGGCAGGCGGCUGAGUCACGGGGACGGUGGCGCGUCGCCUCCGCCGACUCCGAAACUCGGGCCUGGUUGGGGGGGGACGUCGGUGAGUUUUGGGGCCUCGGUUGGUGCGGUGGGUACGCCUAGGCCUUUGCCGAGGGGCGAGACGAUCGCUGGGCCGUCCGCGGCGCCUACGCCCAAGCAGCACCGCAGCCCGACGAAGAGGGGCCAGUCUUUCCCGGCCUUUGCCACGCUGAGGAUGCCCUCGAGCUCCGGGCACCAUUUUGUGAAGAGUCCGCUGUUGUCGCCAAUCAGCACCGAAAUGACCUCGGCGAUAGGCCGCAAGUUGUCGCGCGAGUGGGGCUCGGGGAUAGACCUCAGCCGGUCGUCGGAAGCCAUAAGCUCUACCUCGAGCGGCCGUGGGCUCUACGAGCAGCAACGCCGGCCAAAGGAGGAGCCAGCGCCGCGUCGCAAAAAGAGCCUGCACCAGCCCUCGGAGGAGCAAGCCCCGGUGCCGAUGAGGCGAGCCCGCAGCCACGAGAACAAGGAGACGAGCAGCGGGUUCGGCGAGUGCUCGGCCCUCCAGUCGGUCCUCGGCGGCCAGGCCACCAACCAACGCGACAAGAAGAAACUCGAGUCCGAGCUCAAGGCCAUCCUCACCGCCCGGGCCCACCACUUUGAACUCCACCCGCCCUGACCGCCCGCGGCUGCCCGACCGGCUCGCCGCCACUAGAUGAUCAACCAUCGCGUCGCAAAUGUUGUGUUGUAUUAUAUAAUAUGUACACCCGCGGACGACCACCCGUUCUCGUAACCGCGAGCCUCUGAGGGGCUUUCCCGGUGUUUUUUUUAAUCUAUCUAUAUCUACGCCGCUGGCUGUGAUGCAGGCCAUCGACAGUGUCACGCAUAACAAUAUAUCGAGAGCAGAAACAAAACAAAAACGUCACAGUAUAUUACAUGCAUAUACAUAAACAAAAAGAUAAGCAAUAUCAGAUGAUUUCUAGGUCACUUUUUAGAAGAAUCUGAUAGUUUAAGUGA